GAAGAUACAUUCUCAUUAUUUAUCAUCUUUUAAAGACCAAAAUGAAAAUAUUGUACAGAACAGAUAUAUAAGAUUGUUUCUAUAAAUCUGUGGUGGAAUUCCUCUGAUAUAUUUACUCUGAAAUGUGUUAUUAGCAAACCUUCUGGACAUCACUGGCUGGAGUGUCUACAAGAUGUGUCUCUUUGCAAAUUAAACUUGGAUAAAUUUACUAACGAGUUUUGGGACAAAGGUAACACUGGACAGAAAUACAGCAGUCGAAAUAUAUGUAAACAAAAGACUAUAGAAGCAAGAAGAAAAUAUAUAUAUAUAUAUAUAUAUUGUGAAUUUUGAAGAAUAACAGGGAAAACUAAAGGAUUUGACUUCUCCAGAAGAUAAAGGGGAGAUAAAAAUUGUCACAUGACUGAUGUCUAUAAAAAGGCAUUCUUUCAAAGGAGCAGCUUGAAUAAGCAAAAACGUGUUCAUACAGGGAAGAUGCCAUAUUCCUGUAAUAUCUGCAGUAAAUCAUUUUCUGGCUGCAGUGCUUUAGCUGACCAUAAACGUAUUCAUACAGGAGAGAAACCAUAUCAGUGUGACGUCUGUAACAAAUCUUUCACGGUAAAUUGUAACCUAAUUAAUCACAAACGUAUUCAUACAGGAGAGAAGCCUUAUCAGUGCAACAUCUGUAGCAAAUCUUUCUCUCUAGGAAGUACCCUAACGAAGCACAAACGUAUUCAUACAGGUGAGACACCAUAUUCCUGUAAUAUCUGUGGCAAAUCGCUCUCAAGCAAAAGCAGUUUAACUUCUCACAAACGUAUUCAUACAGGAGAGAAGCCACAUCACUGUGACAUCUGUAACAAAUCUUUCUCUGCUCGCAGUAACCUAACUACUCAUAAACGUCUUCAUACAGGAGAAAAGCCAUAUCCCUGUGAUAUCUGUGGUCUAUCAUUUUCUGUAAGUAGUGCUUUAAUUAGUCACAAGCGUAUUCAUACAGGAGAGAAGCCAUAUCCCUGUGAUAUCUGUGGUAAAUCAUUCUCUCAAAGUAGUGCUUUAACUUCUCAUAAACGUAUUCAUACAGGAGAGAAGCCAUAUCAGUGUAACAUCUGUGGUAAAUCAUUCUCUUGGCGUGGUGUUUUUACUAAUCAUAAACAUUCCCAUACAGGAGAAACACCAUAUUCUUGUGAUAUCUGUGGUAAAUCAUUCUCUCAAAAACAUAAUUUGACUUUACACCAACGUAUUCAUACAGGCGAAAAGCCAUUUCACUGUGAAAUCUGUGGUAAAUCGUUCUCUCGAAAAAUUGAGUUGAUUUCACACCAACGUAUUCAUACAGGGGAGAAGCCAUAUCAGUGCAACAUCUGUAACAAAUCUUUCUGUCACUUGUGUAGCCUAAGUAUUCACAAGCGUGUUCAUACAGGAGAGAAGCCAUAUCAAUGUAACAUCUGUAGUAAAUCAUUCUCUAACCAAAGUGAUUUAAAAUCUCACAAACGUUCCCAUACAGGGGAGAAGCCAUAUCAGUGCAACAUCUGUAACAAAUCUUUCUGUCACUUGAGUACUCUAAGUACUCACAAGCGUGUUCAUACAGGAGAGAAGCCAUAUCAAUGUAACAUCUGUAGUAUAUCAUUCUCUCGGAGUAAUAGCCUAAUUACUCAUAAACGUAUUCAUACAGGGGAGAAGCCAUUUCAAUGUCUCAUCUGUGGUAAAUCAUUCUCUGCCCGAAGUACUUUCAUUUCUCACAAGCGUGUUCAUACAGGAGAGAAGCCAUAUCAGUGUAACAUCUGUAGUAAAUCAUUCUCUAACCAAAGUGAUUUAAAAUCUCACAAACGUUCCCAUACAGGGGAGAAGCCAUAUCAGUGCAACAUCUGUAACAAAUCUUUCUGUCACUUGAGUACUCUAAGUACUCACAAGCGUGUUCAUACAGGAGAGAAGCCAUAUCAAUGUAACAUCUGUAGUAUAUCAUUCUCUCAGAGUAAUAGCCUAAUUACUCAUAAACGUAUUCAUACAGGGGAGAAGCCAUUUCAAUGUCUCAUCUGUGGUAAAUCAUUCUCUGCCCGAAGUACUUUCAUUUCUCACAAGCGUGUUCAUACAGGAGAGAAGCCAUAUCAGUGUAACAUCUGUAGUAAAUCAUUCUCUAACCAAAGUGAUUUAAAAUCUCACAAACGUUCCCAUACAGGAGAGAAGCCAUAUCCGUGUCAUGUCUGUGGUAAAUCAUUCUCUUCAGCCAGAAACUUGACUACACACGCACUUGUUCAUACAGGGAAAAAGUGAUUUCACUGUGACAUCUGUAGUAAAUCAUUCUCUAUACAAUAUAACUUCACUAACCACAAACAUAUUCGUACAGGAGAGAAACCAUACCAUUGUGAUAUCUGUAGUAAAUCAUUCUCCCGCAAUAGCAGCUUAGCUUCUCACAGACGUUUCCAUACAGGAAAGAAGCCAUAUCGCUGAGAUGUCUGUGGUAAAUUGUUCUCCACAAGUAGUUGCUUGUCUAAACACAAACAUAUUCAUACAGGAGAGAAGCCAUAUCACUGUGAUAUCUGGUAGGUCAUUCACUCAACAUGGCAGAUGACCUCACAAAUGUGUUCAUAUGGGGUCGAAGCGAUCCCACUAUUUGUUGUAAAUCAUCUGUAAAUGAUAAUUUAACCCUUUACCAUGCAGAUUAUUCUGUCAAAUCUGAUUUUAUUCAAAUUAUUUUCAAUUUGUCUCCCAUUAUUUCACAGCUUUCAAAUUUUGAUGACGUGAUUGUUUAUUUUCAGAAUGACAUUGUAGGGUAGGUGCAAGAGGCUGAAUCUGACUGGUUUGAUCAUAAAAUAGGUAGAAUAUUUGGGUUGGAUAUGGCCGCUUUAAAUUCUCAAGGGUUAACCCUACAAGUAUCAACAUUACUUACUUCCUACAAGGACCAUAGCGGUCAUUUAUGACUGCCAUUGAAGAUCAUUGUCCAAUACAGUUUAUUUUGAAUAUCAGCAAAUGCAGUGAAUAAAGGAUUUGAAAAUACAUUCUUUUAGCAUUUAUUAACAUAUAAAAAAUAUUUAUCCAUACACAUGAAAUGAUGCACAUGAUUGAAAGGCAAAGUUGACCUCGGUGAAAUUUGAACUCAGAACGUAACGACAAACGAAAUGUGGCUACGCAUUUCGCCCGGCGUGCUAACGUUUCUGCCAGCUUGCUACCUUGGUGAUAAAUGACCCCUCGGUAUUUGUAGUGUUAACUAACUGUGUAUCUAUUCAUAUAGAUGUAUGACUACCAAUGUGACGAUUCAUAAGAACAAGCAUUUUGAGCUCCUCCUAAAUUGGUGAUGGUGCUGUGGGCUUUCUCCAUGGCAAUAAACAAUACAUCAGAGAAUUGGAGUAGUUCUAUGGAAAAAAAGGGACACUCUCUCUAAAUGUAAAUGUAUUCACACAAAAGAGGAGGUAGAACAGUGUGUGAUAACAACCUCCCAACUGUAUAGUUUAUGUCACCACAUCUCAGGUAACUUACCUGUGGGAUAUGCUUUUUAAAAACAUGAGCUCCUCCUAAAAUUGUAGUGUUGUGGGCUUUCUCCAUAAAAAUAUAUAUCUAUGCACAUAUUUAUAUGAAAUGAUGCUCCUGAUUGCACAUUCAAUAGAGUUGUAGAAAUUAAAAAGUAAUAAGCAGAAUUGGUGAUAAAUGACCGCUCGGUACUUCUGGUGUUAACUAAAUGUGUAUCUAUUCAUAUAGAUGUAUGACUAUCAAUGUGACAAUUCAUAAGAACAAUCAGCAUUUUCUCCUAACUGUGAUAUAACUCCCACUGUUCCAGAUAGAGUUCGUUAAAACUUGCCAAACCUGUUACUUCACAAUAUGUAAGACAUUUGCCAUGUAUUUUUAUAAAGAGUUGUAAUAAAUAAAUCGCAUUGAAUUUA